AUGUGUACAUAUCUAUACGAUAUCGAUCCAGCCAGUGAGUUGGGGUCAUUGCUGGAGCCAGGAAAGAAGUACAUAAUUCGCAAUCAAGCCGGCAAGGAUCUAGGAUUCACAGACUACGGCUACAGCGAACAGGAUAAAUCCGCAAACCGACAAUGGCUGGCAUUCACCCCCAGCAGCGAAAAACGCAAACUGGUGUCCGGUAGAGUGAACGGUCAUGCCAGCUUUACCGUUGUGCCAGCUCUUCCAUGGCCGCCCAAGCUUGAAACCCACAUGCGACGAUGCGAAACCAACGACAACGACAACGGCAAGGAACAGUCUCCGCUGCUUGAAGUUACAGUACUGAACCCAGCGAACGAAGAUGUCACUGUUCAGACGCGCGACCGCCAGCGCUUUCUCACCGCUAAUGGUCCUAUGGACACGGCAGAUGCAGAGGAGCAUUGCGUGGCCUUGGAUCCUCGUCCUCGCAUCAUCGACACAGAAACACCAGCGCCGAAAUCGACUAUUCAAAUCAUCGACAUCAAAGCACGUGCUGUUGUGCGCCCAGCUCACAGGCCAACUGGCUUCUUUCAAUACAAGCUGACCGAUCUGCGCCCGAGUCUGCAGCAUCUUGUUACGCUCAGGCCGGGCGAGCCACUCAUCAGACGCAUAGAUAUUAGUCAAGUUAUAAUUGGUGUACCAGAUGGUUUAUAUGGUCUCCGCAUGGAGCCUCGCGGCAUGUGGUGA